UUAAAAAGUCUUUUAUUAAAUGAUGAGUUGUUUUCUUAACUAAACAACAGUUGUCUUCAAUCGAACCGAUGGCGUCGAUGUUCAUCAACACUUUGACCCCCAAGUUUUACGUGGCUUUGACCGGAACGUCUUCUCUUAUUUCGGGACUUAUUUUGAUCUUCGAGUGGUGGUAUUUCAGAAAGUAUGGCACGUCUUUCAUAGAACAGGUUUCACUCAAUCAUUUGAGUCCGUGGUUGGGCGGCGGUCAAGACGGCGGAGAAAACAAUAAUUCGAACCAAACMUCRAAYGGACAACAAAUCUCUUUAGAAUGCAAAGUCUGGAGAAAUCCUUUGUCUUUAUUUCGCGGAUCUGAAUAUCAACGCUUCGGAUGGACAACAAACAAGGAACCACUCACCUAUUAUGACAUGAAUCUCUCGGCUCAAGAUCACCAAACAUUCUUCACUUGUGAAGCAGAUGUCGGAAAACCAGAGUUCGAGAUAAUGCAAACGGCGUGGAGAGAACGCGAUCCUAUCGUUCGCAUUAAAGCCGCCAAAGAUGCCAUCGAAAAGAACGCCGACUGCGCACCCGCUUACAUACUGUUGGCCGAAGAAGAAGCGGCAACCAUUUUGGAAGCGGAGAAACUGUUGCGAACGGGUCUGAAAGCGGCCGAAUCUGCGUACCGAAAGAGUCAGCAAAACCAACAUCAAACGGCACUUCUUGAAAGUCUUCAUCGAAGAGAUACUAAUGUUUUGAUUUAUGUUCGACGAAGACUUGGGAUGUGUUGGCGUAAACUCGGGAAAUUGCGUGAAUCGACGAAAAUAAUGAGAGAUUUGAUUAAAGAGUUUCCUCUAAUGAAUGUCUUUAAUAUUCACGAAAACCUUAUCGAAGCUCUUCUCGAAAUGCAAGCCUAUGCAGACGUUCAGGCCGUUCUCGCCAAAUACGACGACAUCAAUCUUCCCAAAUCGGCCACCAUCUGCUACACGGCCGCUCUGUUGAAAGCGCGCGCCGUUUCCGACAAGUUUUCUCCAGACAUCGCUUCAAGACGCGGAUUAUCGACGGCAGAGAUGAACGCCGUCGAAGCCAUUCAUCGCGCCGUUGAGUUCAACCCUCAUGUUCCCAAAUAUCUGUUGGAAACCAAAAGUCUGAUCCUUCCUCCGGAACACAUUCUCAAACGCGGCGAUUCAGAGGCCGUCGCGUAUUCUUUCUUUCAUCUGAAUCAUUGGAAACGCGUUGAUGGCGCUCUUAAUCUUCUUCACUGCACGUGGGAGGGAACCUUCCGAAUGAUUCCAUAUCCGCUGGAAAAAGGCCAUCUCUUCUAUCCGUAUCCCAAUUGCACCGAAAACACAGACCGCGAACUUCUGCCGCUUUUCCACGACGUGUCUGUUUAUCCCAAGAAAGAACUUCCGUUUUUCAUCCUUUUUACGGCCGGUCUUUGUUCAGUAACGGCUUUAUUGGCUCUUCUUACGCAUCAAUAUCCCGAACCCAUGGGAUGGUUGGCCAAACUGAUGGUCAGUUGGUUGUCUCUUCCGUUGGGUUUUGUUGUCGACAAAAUGGAAGCAUUACUUCCAUCUUCGCUUUUGCAACAGUUGUCACGCAUUUGACAACUCUUUGGCCAAAAAAUCGUUUCGGAUUUUGAAUCAAUUGAUUUCAAUAUUAAUUUAUUAUCAGAUUUAGUGAUUGA